AACAUAAUAAUUUUAACAAUACUAAAACUAGCUUUGCAAAUAUUUAAUAACAUUGACCUCACAUUGAGCAGUUAUUACUUUAUUAUUUAAGACACGCAGGUACAAAUACCAGUUUGCUUUUCUCAGAAAUCCCACAAAUUUCUACUUUCUAUAAAUCCUCUCUAGCUCUAGACGCGACAUUUUAUCCUCUUAUCAAGAAAAAAUAUCUUACUUUACACAGAGAUAAAAAUAAAACACUUUUAAAUAUUUUUUUUCUUAAGUGUAAUUACACAUUACAACAUUGCAAUUAAGAUUUGUUUGUUUAUCCUUGCUAAAACUAUAUAAUGAGCUCACAGAUACCCAUAACCUGUACCAGAGUGUUUAGUAGUGUUGUAAAAGUGAUUAGAACGGAUUCAAUAAGGAGUUUUAGCGUUUCAACAAGGAAAAACAUGAGAUACGUUCAGUACAGGUUAAAAACUGGAGGACAACAGCAUUUGGGGGCCCAAAUAGCACCAGGAGGUGAUAUUAUCGAUAUCAGUUCCGUGGAUUCGACUAUACCUAACAAUUUGGUGGAUUUUUUGAAGGCUGGAGAGUCUACGUAUGCUAAAUCAAAGAGGAUAUUAGGUGAAAGCAAAUCGGUGACAGCACUGUCAAAUGCUGUCUUGCUGCCACCUAUUACCAACCCUGAUAAAGUAGCAUGUGUAGGACUGAACUACUCUGGACAUUGUGAUGAACAGAAUAUUCCAUACCCUACAGAGCCGAUGUUCUUUAAUAAAUUCCCUUCAGUCAUCGUAGGACCUAACGAUAACGUAGUUUUACCUUCAAUAACCAACUCUGUAGAUUGGGAAGUCGAACUUGCUGUAGUCAUUGGCAGAACUGCCAAAGCCAUCAGAGAGGACCAAGCUCAAGACUACAUAUUCGGAUACACGGUGGCCCAAGAUAUUAGUGCUAGGGACUGGCAGAAGAAAAGGAACCACGGGCAGUUUUUGCUGGGCAAAACUAUGGAUACUUUCUGCCCUCUAGGUCCUGCAGUCGUCACCAAAUCCAAGGUGGAUCCUAAGAAUUUAGCUAUAAAGAGUUGGGUGAAUGGUGUGUUGAAACAGAACGCUAAUACAUCAGAAUUGAUCUUUAAAAUCGAUUUUCUGGUCUCGUAUUUAUCACAAAUAGUGACACUAUAUCCAGGUGACAUUAUAUUGACUGGCACGCCCUCUGGUGUUGGGAUGCACAGAAAUCCUCCAGAAUUUCUUAAAAGCGGUGACGUCCUAGAGAGUGAAAUUGAAGGAAUUGGCAAACUAAGAAACGAAAUUGUUUAAUGAAAUAAAUGUAUUUUCUUUUUAUUUUAACCAGCCAGAAAGCAAUAUGUUGAUGUAAGAAAAAUAAUACGCAUUUAACUGUAUUUUAUAUUUUGUAUUGAAUUUUAUUUUCUUUUAUUUGUAUGAUACCGUGUAUUGUGUACAAUAAAUUUAUAUAAUUUAACUCAAAAU